AUGGAGGAUCGUUCCGAUCCAUUCCCCGUGUCCGUCUCGUCCCUUCAUUUCCCCUCUGCAGUCCAGUCCAUUUCGCAGACCUUGUCGUCGCUGCGACGAUCUGCUCUCUCCAUCUCCAACCGGCUUCGCUCAAUUGAGUCCGAUGCUGCCUUUGUUGGGGAAGUGGCCGAUCACUAUGGGCUACCUUUGGUUGCAAACGAGAGGUGUGGAAGUUGGUAUAUUCCUCCCGAGAUCAAGUCUGGCAGUGCCUACUUCAAGAGCACGGACGGCCAUACCGGCCAGUGGGACUUUAGUUUCCGCAGGUUGAAUCUACAAAUUUUGCCCAUCGCUCGGAAACAUGGGGGGUGCAUCAUUGUGGAUUCAACGCGUCGAGGUAAAUUGAUGCCCGAUGCCCUGUCCAAAACCGUGCCCAUAUGGUGCGCCGUCAUGAACCGAGCGCUGUUUCCUUCCGACACUGCAUACCAUGCAGUUCAGCUCCCGCCAAAUUUCUUGGGAGCUUCGGAGGGAUCGCAAAUUGAACUCCGGAUUGGCGGCUUCGUUAAAUCGCUCAAGGACCUUAAACUCGAUCUGGAUGAUCUUAGGCAGCAGCUGGGAAAACCCAUUCGGAUAGCAUGGGCCAAUCGCUCCUACUUCCAUCCGACAGAUUUACAUAAAGGAGCCGGAUACAAUCUCUUCGUCCUUUGUUCUGCUUCCAAGCGGGUGCAUGGAGCUGAAAUCUCAGAGGGCGGUUACAUUCAAGGUGCAGGGGAUGACAGCGAGGGUUGGGCCCACGGGCUGACUCCGCAGGUCUUCUGGGCGAACAAGGCCACCCUCUUGAGGACGGCAGAGGAAGACCUCCCGGACCUCAUUGAAGAGCUACUGCAAGAACACCAAAGUCAGGACAGCAGUCAACAAGCUACUCUGGUUGCACCAACUCGGAACCUGUACAUCAGCCAGACCAAUGCUUGUCUAAAUGACAGUGGUGGUCGUUAUGAUCUGAUCAUUGAUUGCAAUGGCAACCCGGAGACCUCGGAGCAAAAUCCGAAACGACUGUGCCUGGGUUGCAGAUCCUCGAAACUGGGAAGUCGCGACUUGAGACAACAACUUGACAAGGUUCGAGAUUUCGUCGGUUCGCAACUCGCCUCCGACCCGUCCCGGUCACUACUCGUGACAUGUGAAACGGGUAAAGAUCUAUCGGCCGGUACCCUUCUCGCAAUCAUAUGUCUUUUCUAUGAUGAUGAAGGAGCAUUCACAACGACGCCGGUUAAGCGGUCGAUCGACAAGCAGUUUAUCCGGCGACGCCUUGCUUGGAUCGUGUCCUCGAAACACGAAGUGAACCCUUCGCGUCCUACGCUGCAAUCCGUCAACGCUUUUCUCAUGGAACGACCGGAUUAUUGA